GUUGGCGCUUAAACCAGUUUUCUGCGUUACUUUGUUUCUGUCAUGCAGGAUGGCUACAAUACAAUUAUGGACAACGGUGGCUUCAUAAUUUUCUUUUGUUGCCAACCUGCUUGUGUUCAUCUGAUAUAAUGAAAUCAUGUCAUUUUCUGACUACACAUUCUGGUAACGUUUGUACAGUUUCAAGUUUUUCGAGUCAGUGAUGACUGUUACAACUUUUGUUUCAUACUUCUUGGGAGUUUGGGCUUCGGUUUAUUUGAUUGAUAUAGCCUUACGCACAUAUCCGUAUACGCGGAAUUGGUAUACUGAGUUCACCUCUAACUUGGGUAUUUCAUUCAAUCUUCUUCAAGCACGUAUUUUUACUCAACGAUUAAAUAAAUUCUUUCAUCAAUUAUGUCGUUUCAAUUCCGUACCGUGGAAUCUUUGGUUUUCCUGUGGUGUUGUAUUUUCUGCAAUAUCAAUGAUACUAAGCAUCUGUCUGCUGACACUUUUGGCUUAUAAUACUUUAAUGCGCAAACCUAUUGAAACCCAAGUCCUAACUCCAGUGAUGCCGGGAAUAAAUUUACCAACUAGCCAUUUGGGCUUUUACAUUCUUACACUCCUUGUUUGUGCGUUCAUACAUGAGGCAGGUCAUGCUAUAGCAGCUGUGCGCGAACGUGUGCGUCUUCAUGGGUUUGGAAUUUUUGUGUUUGGAUUUUAUCCGGGUGCAUUCGUAGACCUCAACACUUCAGACCUCCAGAGUCUCUCACCGUUUUGUCAGCUUCGUGUGUAUUGUGCUGGUGUUUGGCAUAAUGCAGUAAUCGCCAUCAUCAGUGUGAUAAUAUUUUAUUUACUUCCCGUGUUGUUAUCACCUGGCUAUCAUUUAGGAAUUGGAGUCGGUGUUACUUAUCUAAGAGAGGAUUCUGUUGUUACAGGACAUCGUGGACUCUCUCUUGGUGACGCCAUCACACGAGUGAACUCAUGCCCAGUAAACAAACAGUCGGAUUGGUUCAAAUGUUUAGAGGAAGCUUACAAUCAUCCUUCUGGUUAUUGUGUAUCUGGUGCUUAUUUAAGCAUGAUGGAUAAUAAAGUUCAAGCCCCGAGACGUAGUUUGUCUGCAGUUGCUGCUGUGAACAAGUUGGAUGAAUAUGACAAUUCCCAGUCAAUCAGUGACCGUGAUAAAUUGAGCGAUGAUUGUUGCACAGUUCAAUCGGCAUCAACCCAUUUAUGCUUUACUUAUUUGGCACCUACUAAAUCUAGCUCUACAUCCCGCAGGUACACAUGUUUACCAGCACGAGCUGUGACGGAGCGCACUGGUUGUAAUGUGACUGCUGAUUGUAGUAGUCUUGGUCCUGUGCGUAGCCUCGGCAAUAACAAUGGAAUACAAGGGGAUCCAGUCGGUAUGAUAUCCACUCGAUCUAUGUAUUGCGUUGUGCCAAGUCCUCCAGAUAAUUCCACGCGUCUAGUACGCUUAGUACACAAUCGUUAUAAGGCGCCUGCUAUAUUGUUUUUGGGUCCUUUAGAAGAUCUUGUAGCAUCUAUAGGUGUUUCAGACUACGUUCCGCGUUGGCCUUCAAUACUUUCACCAAAUUUACCAUCUUUUCUUGGGUUACUCUGCACAUACUUGUUUUCAUUAUCCGGUGCUCUUGUGAUACUCAAUGUUGUGCCUUGUUAUGCACUGGAUGGUCAAUGGAUUUUAAAAGCUUUCUUAGAUAUGUUUCUUCCUGGUAUAUUGCCUUCACGUCCAAAAAGAAAUUUAAUAUUCACCAUUGUACUUGUACUUGGUAGUUGUCUCUUGGGACUUAAUUUAUUCCUUGCACUCAUGUAUUUAUAUCUUCAAGCCAAUAAUAACUACUACAUGAAUGUCUCUCCAAAUCCUCCUAUAAGCCCAGUAGUAGCUUCUAUCAAUACAUAGUGUGAUGUUUCUCAGAUGUAAAAAAAAUAAACAAACAAACAAAACAAUAAUUUUAAGAACUACUGUGAUGAUGAUGCUUUUCUAAUUUUUCAUGCUUUUCUAACUGAUGAUGAUGAUGAUAAUGAGUACACAUUGUUUCUAUCCUUUAUGUCUCUUUAUAAAUCUCUUUUUUUUUCUUCAAUGAGUUCUAACAUAUAAUAAAUAAAUAUUGUCUUUGUGCUGUACUAUUGUAUUUGCGAUUCACACAGUGAGCAAAUCUACAAUUAAUGACAUCUUAUCAGAGUUCAACUAAAAUAGAAGAAAAUAAACGACAAAUUCAGCGAAGAAUAUGUUCUUUACCAAUGAAAUCAUCUUCAGAGGCAGUACAAUCGUAUUUAUACUUACAAAAAUAUAUAGUGGUCUAUUAUUGAGUAAUAGGGGGUGACAUAAUUGAUAUAAUUACUCAGAAGUGGCUUUAGAAGUGAAAAUUAGAAGUUGAAAAUUACGUGGUACUCAACGGCACAAAGAUAGAAAUUUGAUAAGGUUAAAAUUGCUAUUCAGUGAGAAUAAAGGUGGUAUUUGAGUGUCAAUUUAACAAGUGUGAAGAGGGUGUGAAAAUAUACAAAAGGAGCAUAUGAGAGUGAUAAUAGUGAAUUAAUUAUUAAAGCAAAAGCUAACUAAAAAUGAAA